AUGGUCUCCGAGAAUGCGUCGCCACCUUCGCCCGCGGGCGACUGGGCGCAAUGGCAGAUGGUGGAUUCACUGUUCCCGACAGGAGGCUUCGCACACUCGCUGGGAUUGGAGGCCGCGACACAGGAGGGGCUUGUGGCCGCCGCGUCGCUGAGGGGCUUCCUCUCGACUUCGCUGCACCAAAGCGCUAACUUCGCGCUUCCCCUCGUCUUCUCCGCACAUCAGAUCGCUACGGCGCCCGAUUUCGAUGCCGACACCCUUGCGGAAUCGGUAUUAAGUCUUAAUCACCACGCCACCGCACUCUAUUCGAACCACGUUGCGCGCAAAGCCUCUUUCGCGCAAGGCGCGGCUCUGCUGAGACUGGCACUAUCCACAUACGCGCCUAGCUACCCUCGCUUUCAAACACUACUGACGGUACGGAAAGAAACAAAGAAGCGAAAACAUGGAGGUGUCCACCAUGCUGUACUCUUUGGCGUUGUCUGUGCUCUGCUUGGUGUGGAGGCUGAGCCCACACAGCGCAUGUAUCUCUUCAUGACUACACGCGACAUGCUGAGUGCCGCCACGAGGCUCAAUCUGGUGGGACCGCUUGAAGCAGCGAAGUUGCAGUUCGAAAUGACACCGCUGUUGGAGAAUGUGUUUCAGGCCAAGAAGAACCGAGUGGUGGAGGACUCGUACUCGUCUGCCCCUGUACUGGACCUCGUGCAGGCCAUGCAUGAUCAGCUCUACACGCGUAUUUUCAACAGUUAA